AGAACUUCGGACAGCUGCGGACAGUUGUGGAAAUCAGAUCUUUCUCGUGUGGUUAUAAGUUCAUGUGUGUGAAAGAGAAACGGGCAGACGGGAAGAGGGUAACGAACACAUUAGCUUGGGAAAUAUGAGCUCCGGCCCCUCCGCCCUGACCGUCCACGCCCUCCGUCUGGGGCCUGGCGAGGAGCUGCUCAGCUCCCUGGUGGCUUUUGUGGAGGAGAGGAGGCUGAAGGCCCCCUUCAUCAUCACCUGCGUUGGCAGCGUCACCAAGGCAACCCUCAGGCUGGCCAAUGCUACAGCUGACAAUAUUAACCAGGUGGUUCACCUGAAUGAGAGGUUUGAAAUCGUCUCCUUGGUGGGCACGUUGAACAAGGAGGCUCACCUUCACAUCUGCCUGGCAGAUAAAGAGGGGAAGACCAUCGGGGGCCACGUUUUGGGCGACGUGGAGGUGUUCACUACUGCUGAGGUGAUCAUUGGCGAGGCCAGCGAUCUGAGCUUCGACCGGGAGAUGGAUGAGCGCACCGGCUUCCCAGAGCUGGUCAUCACCGCGCGUGCGAAACGGGCCUAGUGAUUAACACUGUGUCACUACAGCCUCCCCCUCGCCUUCUCUGUACGUAGAAAUAUCCCUGUCAAUAAAUUGUGC